AUGUCUUAUCCCCAGGGCCAACAACAAGGUUACUACGGUGCACCGCCGCCAGCAGGACAGUAUGGGCAGUACCCGCCGCCUCAGCAGCAAAUGGCCUACCAGCCUGCCCCACCGAUGCCACCACAGAAAGAGAAGAAGGACAGAGGAUGCCUGGUAGCUUGGUGA